AUGUCCAUCUCAAUUUACAAGAAGUUGGGUUUGGGUGAACCAAAGCCCACUGCAAUGCGGCCACUGAUUGCCAAUCGAUUUAUAAAAAGGCGUACUGUUAUACUCCACGAUAUUCUAGAAAAAGUGGAGUCGUUCAUAUUUCCAGCUGAUUUUUUGAUUCUUGAUUGUGAGGUCAAUUUUGAGGUGUCUAUUAUUAAUCAGAGGCCAUUCCUUGCUACGGGUAGAUCCUUGGUUUAUACGGAAAAGGGUCAAUUGAAAUUCCGGUUGAACAAUGAAAAAGGGACCUUAAACAUUUGUAGGUCCAUGAGGCAGAGUGGCACUUCCACCCCUUCCCGUGCUCCAUGUGCCACCAGAGCCACACCCACAAAGGUUGCAUCCAGCGUAAUCACUACCUCCCAGUCUGAUGAGGAGCGCACACUUACCGACAUACCUUCAGGUUCAGCCACCAACGAAAAAAGAGCGUCUGGCUCCUUAGGAGUUUCGUGGUCGGAGGAAGCCUCCGGUUCUGCUGAGGUUACCGCACCCGCCAACACUGCAGCGUCAGCCUUUUCUGAUGACGCUGACAGUUCGGACUCCACACUAGGUUCACCAGCUCAUUCCCUCACCCCGGCUACUAACCAGCCUAACCAGUAG